AUGUCAAAACGCGGCCUAUGCUGGCCCACAGACAAUCAUGGGAGAGACGAAGUCUUUCCGUUCACGAAACCCGGCUCGAAGAUCUCGUGGCUUUAUAAUUGGUCACCCAACACAACCCCAAACGCGACGUCCCUCGACUUCAUACCCAUGCAAUGGAAUCAUGUCGACAUAGACCAGCUGGCCGGCAAGGUCAAAGCCGCGGGCGCGUCUGCAGUCUUGGGCUUCAACGAGCCGGAGCUACCGGACCAGAGCAAUGAACCCGCCGAAUUUGCUGCGAAGGAGUGGCUAAGGUGUAUCGAACCUCUGCGUAAGGCAGGCAUACGAUGCGGCAGUCCGGGUAUAUCGUCGGCACCUCAAGGUUUGGGUUGGCUCAAGGACUUUCUUCGACGCAUCCGAGAUGGCGGCUCGGACGUUGACUUCUAUUGCUUUCAUUGGUAUGGCGUAGAGCUUGGUCAGUUCUAUGACUACAUUUGGAGUACUUAUUACCAGAUGCCGGAUCAGAAGAAGCCGGUUUGGAUUACGGAGUUUGCGGCGACUAACUGGAACCAGAACGCUCCGUUACCGAGAGAGCAUGUUGAGAACUUCGCGCGUGAGAGCGUGAAGUACCUUGAUACACUGGACUGGGUGGAACGUUACUGCUGGUUUGGUCCAAUGCGGGAUACGGGCACCGUAGGCCGGUGGGCCAGGAUGCUCGAUGAUAAUGGGCAGCUUACAGACCUUGGCAAGACUUACCGUGACAGUUAG